UCGUCCUUCUAUUGUUGUCACAAUUGUUAAAGAAAGAAACAGAGAAUGUGUGGGAUCUUCGCGUAUUUGAAUUACAAUGUUCACAGAGAGAGAAGAUACAUUCUAGAGGUUCUUUUCAAUGGGUUGAGGCGUUUGGAGUACAGAGGCUAUGAUUCUUCUGGCAUUUGUAUCGAUUCCUCCGAUCUCGCUUCCGUUCCCGUGGAUCAAUCCAUAAUUCACUCUAAAUCCUUUCGACCUCUCGUUUUCCGCCAGGAAGGCAACAUCGAGAAACUCGUUAAAUCUGUUUACGAAGAGGUUGCUGCUACGGAUUUGAAUUUGGAGGAGUUGUUUCCUAUUCAUGCUGGAAUUGCACACACCCGCUGGGCAACUCAUGGUGAGCCAGCUCCUAGGAAUAGUCAUCCUCAAUCUUCUGGUCCUGGAAACGAAUUCUUGGUUAUUCAUAAUGGCAUUGUUACCAAUUACGAGGUCUUAAAAGAAACACUGGUUCGGCAUGGCUUUACAUUCGAGUCUGAAACAGACACAGAAGUCAUUCCCAAGCUUGCAAAAUUUGUUUUUGACAAGGCAAAUGAAGUGGGAGGUGAUGAGAGUGUAACAUUUAGUCAAGUUGUCAUUGAAGUCAUGAGGCAUCUAGAAGGAGCAUAUGCACUUAUUUUCAAAAGUCGGCAUUACCCAAAUGAGUUAAUUGCUUGCAAACGUGGCAGUCCAUUAAUCCUGGGUGUCAGAGUAAGUUAUGAACUAAAUGAGCAAUCAAACAGUGAACCACUUUAUGAUCCUAAGUUCCUUCCAAAUAACGAUGAUCCAAAGGAACUCUUCUUUUCUAGUGAUGCCAAUGCUGUCGUUGAGCACACAAAAAAGGUUUUGGUGAUUGAGGACGGUGAAGUUGUGCAUAUCAAGGAUGGAGGUGUGACAAUACUCAGGUUUGAUCAUGGAAAAGAUAAACAUAGUGGCAGCCUCACUAGACCAGCAUCGGUACAACGUGCAUUAUCUGUUCUUGACAUGGAGGUUGAGCAAAUAAACAAAGGAAAUUAUGAGCAUUACAUGCAGAAAGAAAUUCAUGAACAACCAGAGUCUUUAAGAACCACAAUGAGGGGACGACUUAUACGUGGAGGUUCCUGCAAAGCCAAGAGUGUUCUUUUGGGUGGACUCAAAGAUCACCUGAAGACAAUUAGGAGGAGCAGGCGGAUUGUUUUUAUUGGUUGUGGUACAAGCUAUAAUGCUGCCUUAGCUGUAAGACCAAUUUUGGAAGAGCUUUCUGGUGUGCCUGUAACUAUGGAAGUCGCAAGUGAUUUGUUGGACAGACAGGGUCCCAUAUACAGAGAAGAUACCGCUGUAUUUGUUAGUCAAUCCGGUGAAACUGCAGACACCUUACAUGCCUUACAUUAUGCUCGAGAAAAUGGAGCACUAUGUGUUGGAAUAACAAAUACUGUUGGUAGUGCAAUUUCCAGGAAUACACACUGUGGUGUUCAUAUAAAUGCUGGAUGUGAGAUUGGUGUGGCUAGUACCAAGGCAUACACUAGUCAGAUUGCAGUGAUGGCCAUGUUGGCUCUAGCAAUUGGUGGUGAUACAAUCUCUAAUCAAGCAAGAAGAGAAGCUAUCAUAGAUGGUCUGGUUGACCUGCCAAAUAAAGUCAGAGAGGUUCUAAAGCUAGAUGAGGAAAUAAAGGAUCUGGCGAAGUUGUUAAUGGCUGAGCAGUCACUUCUUGUGUUCGGAAGAGGUUACAACUAUGCAACAGCUCUAGAGGGUGCACUGAAAGUGAAAGAGGUUGCACUGAUGCAUAGUGAAGGCAUAAUUGCAGGUGAAAUGAAACAUGGUCCUUUAGCCUUAGUGGAUGAAAAUCUUCCCAUUGUUGUUAUCGCAACCCAUGAUGCUUGCUUCAGACAUUUUGGUAUACCUGACAGCAAGCAGCAGUCCGUUAUCCAGCAGCUUCAUGCUCGCAAAGGACGUCUGAUAGUGAUGUGUUCGAAAGGAGAGGCAUCAUUGGUGUGUCCUGGUGGAUCUUGUCGUGCAAUCGAAGUUCCUCAGGUUGAGGAUUGUCUUCAACCUGUAGUCAACAUUGUCCCGUUGCAGUUGUUGGCAUAUCAUCUCACUGUUUUACGGGGAUACAAUGUUGACCAGCCUCGCAAUCUAGCGAAGAGUGUGACUACUCAAUGAGGAAGUUAAUACUUUAUUCUUUUGUUUCUCUUCCUUCACCAUCAAUUUUACGAUUAGGGGGUUUCAACUAAUGUAAUCUCACCUUCACAUCACUAGUGUUGGUACCUUCACAUUAGAAGUAGGGAGCUUCCAUCUGUAUCUUUCUUUUCAUUAUCCUGUAGGUUUUUAUUUAUUUAUUUAU